AUGAAGCCAGAGUUCAGAUUUACGGACGUUGAUCUCAUCACAGAUCGCAAUAGCCUUCGCAAGCUGUUCAACCUCGCAGCCCACAAGGGAAGCGAGAGCUUUCGCAUCGAUCUCAGCAUCGUACACAACACGCUCUUCUUGAUCCGUCACGAGCGGUCCAACAGGGAAUUUCUACAUGGGAGUCGCGAAUCAGGGGUUGGUCACAAUUUUGUGCACGCGAUCUCCAAGCCGGAGCCAGGUCUGGAGGAAAGCACAAGUCACCACAGGGUCAUCCAAUACAAGAUGGGGGAUUCAAACUGCGUUGUCCGAUUCGAGGUUGAUGCUAGCUAUCAAGAGGUAGAGACCGAAAGGAAUACCUCUGAGGAUCAUGACCUUACGUCGUCCUUUGGAAGACUGAACAUUGAUGGUAACCAAAGUGAAAUGUCUCAUGAUCAGAAACACACCACAAGUGUCGUACAGCGUGGGCGCCUUGUUCCGUACUCGACUACUGCCAAAAUUACAACACGAAGUGGAGGAGCCAAGCUCACGAGUUCGUUGCCUCAGCUUUGGUUUGGCUGGACACCAUCCUUAGUUCGUGGUUAUCACAAGGACGGAAAUUUCACGAAGAUCGAGACAAUUGACGUCGCGGCAAAAUUCCAUGACUGGGAGAAGAAGAACCAAUAUGCUCUGCAGAAGAUGGUUCAACUAAUCAAGGAGACCCAACAGGUUGCAGCAAAAGAAGAAGGAGGAUGUUGUAUUGCUGUUUAUAACAGCAGAGACCAACCAGCGAGAUUGAUUCUGCUCUCUUCCUUACGGAAAUACCAGCCUGUGCCAAAUGAUAUCAUUAAACGGUACUGGAAAUCUGGCUGA